AAAUCUGUUGUGACAACGACGCACAUUUCGGUUGAUGAGAGAUUUUUUGAUCAAGUAGAAGAGGAGAGGCUCUGCAGCGAAGUAGACAACAAAGGGAGUUACAUGGAAACAGUGUUUACAACCACCUCAGUUACAGUAAAGCCUGAAGGGGAGACUGGACGGGAAAUGAGCGGAGGGUUUAAAAAUAUUCACAUGGGCAUAUUUGAAGGCCGGGUUGUUGUGUCGCAGGAGCUGAACUUUCCAACGUGUGAGGAAACACAAGAGGGAGUUCCUGAAUACAACAAUGAACCUGUGCCAGAUGAAACUGAUUACAAAAUUACAACACAAAGGUUCCUGGAAGAUUGCGAGGAAAUCCAGGGCAGCCCAUUACCAGAAGAGGAGGAGAGCAAAGAGCCGGAGAGCCUUCAAAACAGCGGCACCAGAGCUGACUAUUUACUGGUGAGGGAGCACAUGGAAGAGGUGGAAGAGGAGCAAGAAGGCACACAAGAUUUUAAGAAUAGCUUUGAUGCUUUAUUGCCACAAGAAACAGACAAACCACUUGUUGUUGAAUCAGGACAUUUAUUUGAGGACGAGGAAGCUGAAUUACUGGUUGACUCAAUGAAGACGGGGAUCGAACACUCGGAGGAGGAACUUGAGUCAGACGUCGAAUUAACAGACAAGACCGAUAAGUUGGCAAAAGAGCCACGAGAUAGGACUGAAGAGCUUUUGGUUGACUUUGAAAUAGACGAAGGGUUAUGUGGUGAUGCUCCUGGAGACGGCAGUGAGACGACGGGAGCUGUAACAGCAGAGAAAGAGGUCAGAGUCGCUGAUGAAACUUUCCUCGAGUCGGAAGUACAGAAGAUGACAGAGACGAGCUUCUUUCAGGAAUCCGUAGAUGCCAUGAUCUCAGAGCAAAACAGCAACACGGCUCCUGGUUUGCUAGAAGACUUCACUGAAUCUGGAUUCCUGAAACAGUCCGAUGAGACUGGGCCUGAAUUACUUGAAGAUGCAGAAAUGCAAGAUGCAGGGAUAGAUAUGGAAGAAGCAGCAGAGGCAGCAGAAGAUGAAAUGCAGAACAAAAAUGAGAUGGAGGUUUUACAUCUGGCAGAACCUGAACUGUCUGGACCUGUUGAGUCACUGGAGACGGAAUAUCAACGAUCAGACGAAGCACUUGAGAUGAGCAAUGAGGAGGUGUUGACAGACACUGAAGCGACUGAUGAAUCAAAGACGGCAAAACCAAAAGAUCGGACGUCGAUAUCAACAGAAGAAGUGACACAGCAUGUGACAGAAUCAGAGGGGAGUUACGCUGAAGAAACGGUCCGCUCAGUGAGUGGACGUCAGGAAGUGAUCGAUGACGAAAUCCUUGACUUGUGGCUACAGACGGCUUUGUCAGAGGAUGGCAUAAAACAACAAGAAGGGCCAGAGCCUGGGCAACAAAUGGAGCCAACAAAUGAGGAACAAGAUGAAGAAUCAUCUGUGCAGACGGAGACGGAUAAAGAGCAGCUUGUGGAGCUAAAUUCAAGAGAAUUAGUGAGUGACACAGAAGCGUCUUCAUCAACAGUAGAGUCUGGAUUUUCAGACCAGUCUCUCAGUGAAUGGGGCGCACAAAACACUGACACUCAGCUCCUGAAAUCUACCAGCACUGGGUCAUUUCACGGCAUAUAUGACAUUCCGGCUAAUAUAUCAGACAUCUCUGAAUUGUCUAGACAACAACCCAACUCCGAAUCUCAGGAUAUAUUGAUGGAGAAAGCAGCUGAGGCGGGACAAUCACGUCUGAAAGAGGAGGAAUCAAUCACUGGAGUCACAUCCCAAGAGGCUGGACAUCUGAAUCAGGAAGAAGAGGUGGAGAGCAAAGAGCCGGAGAGCCUUCAAAACAGCGGCACCAGAGCUAACUAUUUACUGGUGAGGGAGCACAUGGAAGAGGAGCAAGAAGGCACACAAGAUAUUAAGAAUAGCUUUGAUGCUUUAUUGCCACAAGAAACCGAGAAACCGCUUGUUGUUGAAUCAGGACAUUUAUUUGAGGACGAGGAAGGAGAAUUACUGGUUGACUCAAUGAAGACGGGGAUCGAACACUCAGAAGAGGAAUUUGAGUCAGACGUCGAAUUAACAGACGAGACCGAUAAGUUGGCAAAAGAGCCACGAGAUGGGACUGAAGAGCUUUUGGUUGACUUUGAAAUAGACGAAGGGUUAUGUGAUGCUGCUGGAGACGGCAGUGAGACGACGGGAGCUGUAACAGAAGAGGAAGAGGUCAGAGUCGCUGAUGAAACUUUCCUCGAGGCGGAAGUACAGAAGAUGACAGAGACAAGCUUCUUUCAGGAAUCCAUAGAUGCCAUGAACUCAGAGCAAAACAGCAACACGGCUCCUGGUUUGCUAGAAGACAUCACAGAAUCUGGAUUCCUGAAACAGUCCGAUGAGACUGGGCCUGAAUUACUUGAAGAUGCAGAAAUGCAAGAUGCAGGGAUAGAUAUGGAAGAAGCAGCAGAGGCAGCAGAAGAUGAAAUGCAGAACAAAAAUGAGAUGGAGGUUUUACAUCUGGCAGAACCUGAACUGUCUGGACCUGUUGAGUCACUGGAGACGGAAUAUCAACGAUCAGACGAAGCACUCGAGAUGAGCAAUGAGGAGAUGUUGACAGACACUGAAGCGACUUUAUUGCCACAAGAAACCGAGAAACCACUUGUUGUUGAAUCAGGACAUUUAUUUGAGGACGAGGAAGGAGAAUUACUGGUUGACUCAAUGAAGACGGGGAUCGAACACUCGGAAGAGGAAUUUGAGUCAGAUGUCGAAUUAACAGACGAGACCAAUAAGUUGGCAAAAGAGCCGCGAGAUGGGACUGAAGAGCUUUUGGUUGACUUUGAAAUAGACGAAGGGUUAUGUGAUGCUGCUGGAGACGGCAGUGAGACGACGGGAGCUGUAACAGAAGAGGAAGAGGUCAGAGUCACUGAUGAAACUUUCCUCGAGGCAGAAGUACAGAAGAUGACAGAGAAGAGCUUCUUUCAGGAAUCCAUAGAUGCCAUAAACUCAGAGCAAAACAGCAACACGGCUCCUGGUUUGCUAGAAGACCUCACAGAAUCUGGAUUCCUGAAACAGUCCGAUGAGACUGGGCCUGAAUUACUUGAAGAUGCAAAAAUGCAAGAUGCAGGGAUAGAUAUGGAAGAAGCAGCAGAGGCAGCAGAAGAAUUAACAGACGUCGAAUUAACAGACAAGACCGAUAAGUUGGCAAAAGAGCCGGGAGAUGGGACUGAAGAGCUUUUGGUUAACUUUGAAAUAGACGAAGGGUUAUAUGAUGCUGCUGGAGACGGCAGUGAGACGACGGGAGCUGUAACGGAAGAGGUCAGAGUCGCUGAUGAAACUUUCCUCGAGGCAGAAGUACAGAAGAUGACAGAGACAAGCUUCUUUCAGGAAUCCGUAGAUGCCAUGAACUCAGAGCAAAACAGCAACACGGCUCCUGGUUUGCUAGAAGACAUCACAGAAUCUGGAUUCCUGAAACAGUCCGAUGAGACUCGGCCUGAAUUACUUGAAGAUGCAGAAAUGCAAGAUGCAGGGAUAGAUAUGGAAGAAGCAGCAGAGGCAGCAGAAGAUGAAAUGCAGAACAAAAAUGAGAUGGAGGUUUUACAUCUGGCAGAACCUGAAUCGUCUGGACCUGUUGAGUCACUGGAGACGAAAUAUCAACGAUCAGACGAAGCCCUCGAGAUGAGCAAUGAGGAGAUGUUGACAGACACUGAAGCGACUUUAUUGCCACAAGAAACCGAGAAACCACUUGUUGUUGAAUCAGGACAUUUAUUUGAGGACGAGGAAGGAGAAUUACUGGUUGACUCAAUGAAGACGGGGAUCGAACACUCGGAAGAGGAAUUUGAGUCAGACGUCGAAUUAAAAGACAAGACCGAUAAGUUGGCAAAAGAGCCGGGAGAUGGGACUGAAGAGCUUUUGGUUAACUUUGAAAUAGACAAAGGGUUAUAUGAUGCUGCUGGAGACGGUAGUGAGACGACGGGAGCUGUAACAGAAGAGGAAGAGGUCAGAGUCGCUGAUGAAACUUUCCUCGAGGAAUCGGAUAAAUCCCGAGAAGAAACAGACAAAGAAAGAGUUGAAUCAGUGGAGACUGAAACUGUAUCGCAGAAAGAGAUCGACGCUGAGGUACCUGACUGGAAAGACGCCGAAGAAGCAGAUGCUAAGUCACUGACAGGAAUGAGUGCUCCAUUGAGAGUUGAGAAACCAAACGCUGAAGACCAGCCUCUUGAGAUAACAGUGUCUGAUCCUCCAGAUGAAAUCAAACACACUGAAUCUAGAUCAGAGGCUUCGUUAGAGGAUGAAAUGGUGUUGAGAGAAUCUGGUUCACAAGGCGACACCUGCACUGAAUCCGAGAGGAAGUCGCCCUCAGUGGACAAACCGCAGCCCGGAUGGUCAGAGGAUGUUGCUGACUCAUUACCUGGGCUAGAUGAGGAUGAGCUGGCAGAACAGCCGACGACAAUGUCUGAAGAGCAGAUGGAGGUGGACACCUCUGCGCUUGACUUUACUGCGCAAAGGUCAAGAAUCGCAGUUAAAGACCCACGCGUGAGGCCACCCAAAGAUCCUCGCUCCCUUCUAAACAUGCCCUCACUAGAACCCACUCCACGUCUCUCAGCCAAAGUCCCUGCAGGUGUUCCUUUGGGAGGCUUGGGCAUUGGAAUAAAACUGCCUGGCUUUGGUGCAGGUUUUCCUGUUUUAAAAAAGACACGAAAGGUGGUGAGAGAAGAAAACAGUCCAGAUGCCCUUUCACAGGAGACAAAGCCAGAAGAGAAGAGUGACACUCCCAAACAAGAUGAGGCACCACACAGACCUAAAUGGAUGCCACCAAAACAUCCAGGAUUUGGAAAUCCACUUAUGUCUGAGCUGAAGAACAAACUGAAGAAAACCACAAAAGAGUGACAAGAAUAUGAAUUGUAAUGCUUUUGUAUGAAUUUGAAUAUAGUAUAAAAAUGGCUUUAUUUUUGGUGUAUUUAUGAAACUGAAUACAUUGAUGAAAUGUUCAUCAUGUCAAUUACUUGCCCUAUGUUUUGUAAUAAAGCUUAACUGAAAAAGGAA